UCAGGAUUUUUCUAAACAUCCGGUUUCCUCCCUGUUGCAGAAAAUGGAGAAAAAUGGGGAAAAGAUUGUUAACCCUGCUGCCAAAGGAAGAGAAACGUCGGAGUUUCUUAUGGCCAUUGUCAGAACUUUAUCUACAAGUGCAGACUUUGAACAAAGAGAGAAAGAAAAGGCCAGGAUAGAGAAAACUUUUACCCAGAGUGAUAAAAGACUGGGAGAGCUUGUUUCUGAAAACUAUCAGGAACUUGCCCAGAUAACACAGGAUUUCAGCACCAUCAGUAAAUCUGUCAACGAAGCAAGAGAGAAAAUUAAGAAAAUAAAAGAUGAUCUGAGCAGCUGUAAAACCCUGUUACAUUGUAAGAGGGAUGAAUUACGUCGACUGUGGAUAGAGGGAGUGGAACAGAAGACAAUGGUAGCCAUGUUGGAUCAGAUAGAACAGAUCAAGGAAGUGCCAACCAAAUUAGAUAAUCUACUGGCAAAGAAACAUUACCUCCAUGGUACAGAGUUGGUAGUCAAUGCAGUUGCAAAACUGGAGAAUCAGCUUGUGGGGGUAGAAGCUCUGAGGGAUUUAAAAGCAGAACUGAUUACAAGAAAAGAGCAAUUACAUGAUGUAUUAAUAGAUGAAUUGAACAAACAAAUCUACAUUAAGUCACCAAACAUCUCCUCACUCCCAGGGAAAAGGGGGAGCUCUGUAGUGAAGCAGGAUACCCUAAAAAGAAAAGGAGUAAAUGGUAUCCCAGCUCCAGAAAAAAUUGAGUUUGGUAAGGAAGUAAAGGAGGAUUUGAAUGCCAACCCAGAAGACGACCCCGCCCAUUUCAUAGCCAUAUUGGUGGAAUCUCUGUACAUGCUGAGGAAAAUCCCGGAAGCAGCUGAGGGAUUAAAAGUGAAAAUCCAACCUGAGUUGUCAGCCAUUGUAGCUAGGACAUCACAGGCCAUACUGGAAAGCACGUCUAACCAUGUGGAUGCCUCAAAUCAAUCCCAGUGUCUGCUGGAUUUUCUGGAGAGUAUCUUUCAUCAGUUCCGAUUUGUGGCCCACAUGCACAAAGUUGUUCUUAGGAAUCUCCACAAAAUCAUAUCAUCAGGAAGCCCAAGGGAGGUGUCGGGGGUACCUGUCAGACAGGAAUGCCUGUAUGAUAUGACAGAUGUCUGGUCCAAAAUACAAGCUGUGGUGGAGUUACUCCUCAGAGAGUAUCUGGAUGUAGAGAACACAGCUUCCUCACGACAGAGGGCCCCUACAAGCUUUGAUGAACCUAGCACUGAUAUCAACUCAUUCUUUGCUAAGAAAAGACCCACAAAACCUAAAAAGAUGGCCUUGUUCCGAUUUGAUGCUUCGAUCCAUGCUAUCAGCACUAACAGUUAUGUGGAUGACAGUCGCGCCUUCGAUACAGGCGACCUGUUUAGUAGUACGCUGUUGGCAGAGAUGGGUUUGGAGAAGAACCAGAUGGUCUGUAAACCCAGCGUUUAUAACAUCACAGCAAUAUUCAAACCCUUAGAGUCAUUCAUUAGAGAAAUAGAAGAUGCCAUUGCUUGUCCAGAUGGGACCUCCAGUUUGCAGGCUUUUGUGACUGACUUUGUUCAGAAUAUAUUCCUGGGUCAAGUUCAUUACACUGUUUCUACCAGUAUUGGUUCAGCCACCAAAGAUUUAAUCCGCUACUACAAAAACCCUCAAAUGGAUGAGGAAGAUGAGAGUUUCGAUGCCUUACGACAUGUGGUGGAUCAUAAAACUCAGAAGGAACUCGGUGUAUCUAGACCUUUAUUGACAAGCACAGUGACAGUGGACAAGAAUCUACAAGAGCUCCGGGAACUGAUGCAGGAUCUGCCGGACUAUGCCGACCAGUUCCUGAACAUGAUCUGUAACACACUGAAGGAAUAUAAAGACACCUGCCACUCAGCGUACAGGGAAAUUGUCCAGUAUGAUUCGGAUGACAGACGAGUGAUUAGUGCUAUGUGGGCUAAAGAUGAAGAUAUCAGUCGAUUUCUCAGAUCAUUACCAAGUUGGCGGUCACUUCAGUCGUCCAGUGGUCAGGAACUGGCCAGUGACGAUGUCUGCUCUGAGGAAGAAAUCAAGGCCCUUAACUCUAAGGAAGCCCAGAUUCUGAUCAGUAAUUUGACGUCGUCCGACGGCCUGAUUCAACAGGAGAUUAUUACAGACGUCACUCAAAUGAGGACAAUAGCUAAUGUUCAUGAGAGUGUGGAGUGGUUUUCAAAUAGAAUAAAGGAUUUCUCAAAUCGUCUGUGUGCCAGAUCUAAUACAACCCCAGCAGAGACUGAGGCAGCUGAAUACCCACCUGUAUCUGAAAAGACUCUAAGUUCUUUGAAAAACCUGGUGAAGGAUUUCCAGGAUUUGGCUGAAAUUUGUCUUCUGCUUCUUCAUCUGGAGGUCAGAGUUCACUGUUUCUACUUCCUGUUACCAGUUGCUAAGCAGUCCAACUAUGCUGGACCUAUAGAUGACCUUGACCCAGAUUCUAAUGUGCUGAAACUAAACAAGGAUUUAAGCAGCAUGGAGGAAGUGCUACAACAGAGUCUGCAACCCAAGAAAUUCAAAUACAUAUUUGAGAGUUUAGGAUUUUUAGUGGCAUCUAUACUUAUGAAUAGUAUCCAGUAUAUGAAGAAGAUCAAUGAAAAUGGCAUUAAAAAGAUGUGUCGGAAUCUGUUUGCCAUACAGCAGAACCUGACUAACAUCACCAUGUCUAGAGAACCUGAUCUGGAUCAUGCUAGACAAUACUAUGAACUUCUGUAUAUCAAUCCAGAUGACGUAAUAACCAUGAUAGCAGAGAAAGGAAGUCAGUAUACAUUCCAGGAGUACACCGAAUUAAUCAAACUUCACCACAGAAGUCACGCAGCCCUCUCCCCAAGUCAGCUGGAGAAUCGCAUGCAGAAGCUAAAGGAAGUCUUCUUCAAAACCCCCAAUGGAGACUGAGACUCACAAAAGAGGGUUUUUAUUGACAUUGUUAUUUAUUUGAUAAGACAAAGAAUUCUUGUGUGUCAGUAUGGACCAAUUGAAGAGGCACAAAAGUGAAACAAUUAACACUGAUGUUAACACUUUGUUUGAUAGUGCUUUUAAUGUGCAAUACAUUUCAUUCUGAUUUAAAGUUAUUGUUUUUUUUUUAAAUUUUUAAUAAAAGCUUAAAAUCAUUAAAA